AUGUCUGAAAAUUUAAACUCGAGAUCGAGUGGUGUUUCGAACGAAGCACAUAACGAGCCCUUGAAAAAUAGGAGGAUGAUUGAGAUAAAGGCUUCGAAUGAGUGUUACGAAAAAAUGCCAUCAAUGGCCAACAAGGCAAAAGUAGAAAACAUCGUUGUCAAAAAGGGAAAGGAUGACAUAAGUAAAUCUACAUUAUCGGCUCACGAGAAGUUUUAUGUCAUGAACAAAAUGAGGAAAGAUAACAAUAAACGAAGAUCGUUUUUACCUUACAAGCCCAAUUUACUUGGGAUCUUUACCAACAUGAAUGGAUUGAGUAGAAGCCUUCACCCUUUUUGA